CUGUGACCGCAAGGGGGCACUGCGGUGCUCUCGCACGUGCAACUAUGCGGCACGAGUUCAAGCUGGUGUCUGCCUGACUGUGGAAAAGCUUUCUCCAAAAAAGAAAAAAAGGAAGCCGAAGCACACGUUUGCGGAACAUCUUCGUAGACCGAGAGGGUAGCAGAGCGCACUCGUGGCCCGGGAUGUAUUUCCACCAGUGAAGCGUACCAUUGCCUUGUCCUCGAUGGUUUCGGAACAGUCCGAAGCUCCUGGAGCUGAGAACGGGUCCGACAGCAACAGCACCGCCUCCGCUUCGGCCACUAAACUGCAGCAGCAGCAACAACCGCAGUGCAACCACAAUGCUGCUGCAGCUGCAGCUGCCGCCGCAGCGGCACAGGCGGAUAUUUGCCGUAUUUGCUUCUGCGGGGUCAGCACAGAGUCCCUCCUGGCGCCGUGCAAGUGCAAAGGUUCCCUAGCCAAAGUGCACAAGACAUGCCUGGAGACGUGGCUGGGCAAUCAAGCGAUAGACCAAUGCGAGAUCUGCAAGUACCACUACAUGACGGCGCGGCGUCCCAAAGGAUUCCACGAAUGGUUGAUGAAUUCAAGUACACGCGAGGACAAGCAGAACCUUGUCGGGGACAUGGUGGCCCUUCUUCUGUUGACACCUCUAGUGGUGUUCAGUUUGUGGCUCUGCACCGAGGGGGCCAUCCAGUUCAGUCACGAAGGAUUUCCCACCUGGGAGAGCGCAGGACUGGUCUUCAUCACUAUCGUGCUUUUCGUCGUUUUCUGCGUUUGGGUCACACUCUUGUACAGGUACCACUACACUAUCUGGAAGCAGUGGCGGUCACAUAACUUCCACGUUAAUCUUCUGAUGAAAGGCAACAGCUCUCCAGCUGAUCAGGGGCACGGCAUCGAAGUUCCACCCCCAGUGACCACGAUAAGUCUCGAUCCAGAGGACGUUCCCAGUGUCGUCGUCGAAGACAUGCACGAGCUCGAGGUAUCAGAGGAACCCAUUGCCAGUUCCGAAUCUCCCACAAGCCCACCAAAGGAAUCGCCGCCCAAGUCGACGAGCAGUACUCUCAUUAUUUACACGACAUCUGUUUGACGGCGCUUGUAGUCCUGUUUCUUUUUUUCUGCGCACAACAGAUAACGACGCGGACUGAAAAAUUGCUGCCAAGCUGUCCACUUUAGUCCCCCAUGCCGAAUAACGUAAAAAGCAGACGACAAAAUAAACUGGGGACUUGCGGGUGGAGGCGCAAAGUAUAUUUGGUUGCACGUUUCGUUUUUUGAGUUGCUGAAGUAGCUUUUAUAAGAUGCAUUUGUAAUGUUGCUGACAUAAAAGGGUUGGAAAUAAAGAAAGCGGAAAACGU